AUUGGCUGCCUGGGGGCCCCUCCCUCCCCAGAGGGGAGAUAAAAGGGGUGUGACAGGGGGGUGUCCGCACAGCAAAGCCAAACCAAGUGCAGACCCUCUCACCAUGUGGCAGCUGCUCCUCCUCGGCCUCUUCUCCUGUGGCUCAGCCGCUGCAGCCUGGACCUCGGUGGAGGAAGGUUGUGCCCAAGGCCCCGUCUUUUGGUGCAGAAACCUGGUGACGGCCAUCCAGUGUGGAGCCCUGGGCCAUUGCAUGAAGUCCAGGUGGGACCCCAACACCAAGGAGGACCUGUGUGCGGACUGCAAGCAAGUGGUCUCCAUUCUGGUCCGCAUGGGCAAGGAGUCGGCCUUGAAAGUCAUCCAGAAGUCCCUGGAGGACGAGUGCAAGGACCUCCCUUUGCAGACCUUGGCCCCGCAAUGCCAGGCUCUGGUGGACACCUACUUUGCCCAGUUCAUCGGCAUCUUGGAAAAGCAAAUGGCUCCCGGUGCCGUCUGUGCCAAGCUGAGCCUCUGCCCGCCUGACCGGUCAGCAGGGAAGGAAGAUGCCCUCGAGGCGCUGUUUGCAGAGAUCCGGGGGCUCCUUCCACCCCAGAAAGACCGCUCUCUCUCCUGGCCCCACAGCCAGACCCAGGGGGUCCCAGAGGAGGGGUUUCCGAUCCCGCUGCCCACCUGCUGGCUGUGCCGGUCCUUUGUCGGCAGGGCUGAAGCCCUCAUCCCAACAGCCGCCAUCGGCACCACCAUGGCCCAGCUCUGCCGCGUCCUUCCGGUGUCCAUGGGGGGCAUGUGCCAGUGCCUGACGGAGAAAUACAGCGCGACCAUCCUGGACAUGGUCCUGGGCAAGGUGGGACCGAACCUGAUCUGCGGGAUGAUGCUCAUGUGCGCCACGGAAGACGGAAGCCCAGACAUGCCUCCAGCAGCACCGGCACUUGACCUCUCCACGGACGGCUGCCAGGCCUGUCUCGCCAUCAGCAGCCACGUGCAAGGAGCCCUCCAGCCAAAUAGCACCCGGGUGGACGUGGACCUCGCCUUGCUGUCUGCCUGCAGCCGCAGCUUCCUGGGCUGGGAAGAGUGCAAGCGCUUCAUCUCCCAGCACCAGGCCCAGCUCUUUGCGUUGCUUCUGAAGCCUUGGGGUUCCCAUGCCAUCUGCCAGGAACUCGGGGCUUGUGCGGCCGAGAAGCCCUUCCCAGGGGCCACAGCCUGCGCUCAGGGCCCUCCGUUCUGGUGCUCCAGUUGGGAUGCCGCCAAACAAUGCCAGGCGGUCCAGUACUGCCAGGCUCAUGCCUGGCUGUAGCCAAAAGAAAAAGAUGCGUCUGCCUUCAGCUGUUGACGUACUCCUCUGGGCACAUUUACUCAGACCCUUCCUCCUGACUGACCGAUGGGGCUGGGAAGGACACCCAAGGGACAGAGGCUCUCCUACUGGCCAUUAUUAAAGUCACUCCCCAAAUCAUGAAA